AUGGGGAACGAGAAGGAGACCUGUGAUCUGCGAGACGCUUACCUGCAGAUCCACGUGCACGCAUCGCUGUGGCCGUAUCAGACUGUAGCGUUCCAGGGCAGACGGUGGUGUCUGAGCAGACUUGCCUUUGGGCUCAGUCUCGCACCGAUGGUGAUGAGAAAGGUGCUGGAAAUGGCCCUGGCCCUGUUGUCCACUGACGGAACGCACUUCACGGUCAGCUGGAGGCCGUACUCAUCUCUCAGACUCUUCACGGUCUCCAGGCGCCUUCUAAUCAGCACUACUCGUGCGGGCAACCGAACCAUAUCGCCCGCGACUGCACGGCAGGCCGCGGACAGCGGGGCCGUGGAGGCCCCCGUGGUGGACGGAGCCUCCUGUGAUGGUGAGAGGACUGGGGUGUCGCGUGCAGUGGCAGCGACUGCACGGGUGAGUCAUGAUCAGGCGAGCAGUGAGGCGGCCCCAGCGUCAGGUGCAGCGGCGACAGCUGCAGCAGUGAAUCGAGCUGACAGCAGUAAGGGGGAUCCGGUGUUGGGUGCGGCGGCGGCGGCCGCACCGGCUAAUCGAGCCGACGAGAAGGACUUUGUGGUGAGCUUUGAUGAGACAGAAAAGAAGUGGUCGGUGGAGUGGAAAUGGUGUGGAGGAAAGGAGCCCGAGCAGCUGCACAAUACAGCAGAGGAGUACGCGAUUCCAACAGAAGCCCGACACGAAUACGAGCGAGAACUCUCCAAGUGGGUGGCGAAUCAAUGGCUCGUCCCUUAUGAUGAGAGCGUGCACGGGAGGGUCAAAGGCACGAUCCCGCUCAUGGCGGUCAUCCAACCGAAGAAGGACAAAGUGCGUCCCGUCAUGGAUUUCAGGGAGUUAAAUACGCACCUGGACCCGCAUACAGCUGACGCGGAUGUUUGCAGUGAGAAAAUCCGUGAGUGGCGUCGGUGUGGACGAAACGUGUCUCUCCUAGAUCUGCGAGACGCUUACCUGCAGAUCCACGUGCACGCAUCGCUGUGGCCGUAUCAGACUGUAGUGUUCCAGGGCAGACGGUGGUGUCUGAGCAGACUUGGCUUUGGGCUCAGUCUCGCACCGAUGGUGAUGAGAAAGGUGCUGGAAAUGGCACUGAAACGUGACCCGAGGGUGCACACCGCUACAUCACCUUACGUGGACGACAUACUCGUAAAUGAAAACAUCGCUACUGCAUUGGAGGUGAAGGGUCAUCUGGAGGCGCUCGGUCUGACCUGCAAAUCCCCGGAGAAGGUGUCAGAAGGUGCUCGUGUCCUGGGCAUUCGAGUCUGGGGGGAGCGGCAAGGACUGUUCUGGAAGCGGGACAACCAGGAUCUACAGCCGCCGCCAAAGCUGACGAGGAGAGAGGUCUUCUCGCUGUGCGGACGUCUGACAAGUCAGGUCCCGGUGUGUGGCUGGCUGCGUGUCUCCGCAUCCUACCUGAAAAGACGCGCCACUGCAGCGACAGACGGCUGGGAUGACGAGAUCACCGACCCAGAACUCCAGAAAAUGGUCAUGGAAACGCUGCAGCGCGUGAAAAUGGCCGAUCCCGCACGAGGUCGCUGGGAUGUCACCGGCGAUGAGGGAGUCGUGUGGGUGGAUGCCAGCUCCCUCGCCAUAGGAGCCGUGCUGGAGAUGGAAGGCAGCAUCGUUGAGGACGCCUGCUGGCUUCGGAAAAAUCCCGAGACACACGUGAACCUUGCAGAACUGGACUCUGUUGUGCGUGGCAUCAAUCUGUCCCUGGCAUGGAACCUGAAGAAAGUGACUGUCGUGACGGACUCGAAAACGGUCUAUCACUGGCUAACAGAUGCGCUCUCCGGCAGAGCUCGGAUAAAGACGAAGGCGGCGAGUGAAAUGCUGAUUAGAAGGCGCCUGGAGACCGUGAAGAGUCUGAGAGAUGAGUACGGCCUCCAGCUGACCGUGAAGUGCGUUCCGUCAGUGGACAACAGGGCUGACGCACUGACGAGAGUGCCGAAGAAGUGGCUGAACCAACAAAGCGAUCCUGAGGUCUGCGGCGCUGCCUUCUCGGCGCCGGAUGUGGUCAGGAUCCAUGAAACAAGCGGACACCCAGGCAUCGGGAGAACGCUGCGCCUGUGUAGGGAGCACGACCCGGCUGUGAGCAGGCACCAGGUGCGCAGUGUAGUUAGCCAGUGCGAAAAGUGCCAGUCCAUCGAUCCAGCGCCCCAGCGGUGGACACAUGGUUCGCUGAGCGUGACCAAAUGCUGGGACAGGGUCAGCAUGGACGUCUGUCACGUAAACGAUCAGCUGUACCUGACUCUGAUUGACUGCGGUCCGUCUCGGUACGCGAUCUGGCGGCGGAUAAAGCGACAGGACACCGACAGCAUCAUCACGGCUCUGGAGUCGGUAUUCCUGGAGCGCGGCGCUCCGAGGGAGCUGCUGACGGACAACUUCACCUCAUUCCGCAGUGCCGCAUUCCACGAGUUCGUCAGCCGGUGGGGUGUCAGCGUCCGGUACCGAGAUGCCCAUGCGCCGUUCGGCAAUGGUGUCUCUGAGAGAAACCAUAGGUCGGUCAAAACAAUCGUAGCGCGCAAAGGCUGCUCAGUGGCGGAAGCAGUCUACCGCUAUAAUGUGAUGCCGCGCAGUGAUGACCUGAACUCUAGUCCUGCCAACGUACUGUUCAACUACAAACUGAGAGUGCCGGACGUGGAGAGUGAGGAAAAAGGCAUCCGUCUGUCAGCCGCCACCCGCCGUCUGUCGGCGGUGCAGGUAGUGGACAUUGUACGGGCUGUCCCCUACCGCUGGACAGUGGACAUUGGACGGUGUAUGCCGGUGGAUGGACAGUGGACAGUGGCCGUCACUAUACGGGGCGCCGGAGGAAAGCGGACAGCGUCCUGGGCGCCGCUGGACAGGAGACAUUGUCCGUCACUAUUCAGAACGAAGGACAGCGGACAGUGGACAGGGUCCAUCAGUGUCCGGAGCACCAGUGGACAGUGUCUGUCAACUCUGUGGGCGCCGGUGGACAGUGGACAGUGUCCUUCACUGUCCGUCAGUGCCGGUGGACAGUGUCCGGUAGCUCUGUGGGCGCCGGUGGACAGUGGAUAG